AUGAUUUCAAAAUCAUGUGACGAAGGACUUUUAGAAAAGAAAUACCAAAAAUCUCCAGAUGAUAUAGAACAUGUACUUCAUGUAGCAAGUGAAAAGGGAAAUCUUUCUCUUGUUAAAUCUCUUAUUGAAUAUGGCAUCGACAAAGAUUUAAAGAGUUCUUUUGGAAAUACACCACUUGUAUAUGCAUCAUGGAAUGGUCAUCUUGAAGUUGUUAAAUAUCUUAUCUCAGUUGGAGCUAAUAAAGAAGCAAAGAAUAAAGAUGGAUGGACUUCACUCAUUCUUGCAUCAUAUUAUGGUCAUCUUGAAGUUGUUCAAUAUCUUAUCUCAGUUGGAGCUGAUAAAGAUGGAAAGAAUAAUGAUGGAUAUACUCCACUCAUUCUUGCAUCAUAUUAUGGUCAUCUUGAAGUUGUUAAAUAUCUUAUCUCAGUUGGAGCUAAUAAAGAAGCAAAGAAUAAAGAUGGAUAUACUCCACUCAUUAUUGCAUCAUUAAAUGGUCAUCUUGAAGUUGUUAAAUAUCUUAUCUCAGUUGGAGCUGAUAAAGAAGCAAAGAAUAAUGAUGGAUAUACUCCGCUCAUUCUUGCAUCAUAUUAUGGUCAUCUUGAAGUUGUUCAAUAUCUUAUCUCAGUUGGAGCUAAUAAAGAAGCAAAGAAUAAAGAUGGAUAUACUCCACUCAUUUGGGCAUCAUGGAAAGGUCAUCUUGAAGUUGUUAAAUAUCUUAUCUCAGUUGGAGCCAACAAAGAAGCAAAGACCAAUUCUGGAAAAACUGCACUCUCAUAUGCAAAAGAUAAUGUCAGAGAUUAUCUAAAAUCUAUUGGAGCCAAAUAA